UCUGGUCCCGAUUCUCCAGGCAUAGGUUUGUAUUCAAGUACUUUAAUGAUGUUUACAGAUUGCUGGAGAGCCCUUCCAAGGCUUGAAUAAUCUGGUCUGUCUGUUCAUUCCCAUUAUGGUUUCCCGUCUGUAACUCCUGAUAGGUUUGGUAUCUCAAUUCGGCCUUCCAUUUCCACCCCUCAUCAGCUGAGGGAAUCAUGCAGCAGAGACUGAAUAAAUCUUGCAAGGUUGCAUUAAACAUUUGUUUAGUACUGCGGACAUACUGAGCAAACUGUGCUGGUUGUUCUUUUCUAUCUGGGGCCUGAUUCAUGAUCAUUAUCAUUUCCUGAGGCUUCCAGGGUGCAUACACAGGAAUUACUGAGGGCUGUCCCUCCUCCUGCUCGUGGAUUGGGCAGCAUUCAGGUUAAAAAUGACAAGGAAUUUGUCUACGGAAAUCUCGAACACAACACACCAGUUUUUCUGUCUCUGUCCAGAUAUUUAAGAAGUGGAGCAAGGGAUUCACUCGAUCAUCCUUCCUGCUCAGACUGUGGGGAGGGAUUCACUCGAUCAUCUGACCGACUGGCACACCCGUCAUUUUACACAGGAGAGAUCCCAUUCAUCUGCUCAGACAGUGGGAAUGGAUUCAGUCGGUCAUCUCAACUGAAGGUACAUCAGCAAGUUCACACUGGGACAAGGCCAUUUACCUGUUCUGUGUGUGAGAAGGAAUUCAGUCAGUCUUCCCACCUGUGGACACACCAGUCAGUUCACACUGGGCAGAGGCUGGUCAUCUGCUGAAUUUGUGGGGAAGGAUUCACUCGGUCAUCUGACCUAAUGGCUCACCAGCGAGUCCACACCGGGGAGCGGCCAUUCACCUGCUCAGACUGUGGGAAAAGAUACACUUGGUUAUCUGAACUGAAGGUACAUCAGAGAGCUCACACUGGAGAGAGGCCGUUCACCUGCUCAGACUGCGGGAAGGGAUUCACUCAGUCAUCCACCCUAGUGGCACACCAGCGAGUUCAUACUGGGGAGAGGCCGUUCACCUGCUCAGUCUGUGGGAAGGGAUUCACUUGGUCAUCUAAACUGAAGGUACAUCGGCGAGUUCACACUGGGGAGAGGCCAUUCACCUGCUCAGACUGUGGGAAGGGAUUCACUUGCUCAUCUCAACUCAAGGUACAUCAGCGAGUUCACACUGGGGAGAGGCCGUUCAUUUGCUCAGACUGUGGGAAGGGAUUCACUCAGUCAUCUAAAUUGAAGGUACAUCAGAGUGUUCACACCGGGGAGAGGCCAUUCACCUGCUUGGACUGUGGGAAGGGAUUCACUGAGUCAUUUCAUCUACUGAGACACCAGUCAGUUCACACUGGAGAGUGGCCAUUCACCUGCUCGGACUGUGGGAAGGGAUUCACUUGCUCAUCUAAACUGAAGGUACAUCAGGGAGUUCACACUGGGGAGAGUCCGUUCACCUGCUCAUUGUGUGGGAAGGGAUUCACUUUAUCAUCUCAGCUACUGAGACACCAGUCAGCCCACAUAGGGAAAUGGCCAUUUACCUGCUCAGUCUGUGGGAAAGGAUUCAUUUUCUCAUCUCAACUGAAGGUACAUCAGCGAGUUCACACUGGGGAGAGGCCAUUCACCUGUUCAGACUGUGGGAAAGGAUUCUUUCAGUCAUCCCACCUUCAAGAACACCGGUUCAUUCACACUGGGGAGCGGUCGUUCAUCUGCUCAGUAUGUGGGAAGGGAUUCACUCGGUUAUCUCAACUACAGAGACACCAGCGAGUUCACACAGGGGAGAGGCCAUUCACCUGCUCUGUGUGUGGGAAGGGAUUCACUUGGUCAUCCCAACUACAUAAACACCAGCGAGUUCACACUGGGUAGAGGCCGAUCACCUGCUCAAUCUCUGGGGAGAGAUUCUUUCAGCCAAAUCAAUCAAAUGUGCAUCAUUGAGUUCACACUGGGGAGAGGCCGUUCACCUGUUGUGAAUGUGGGAAGCGAUUCACUCAGCCAUCUAAGCUUAUGUAACUCUCGCUUCAGCUAGCAGCUUAAUAUAAGGGUUGAUAGCCUCCCAGCCCGGGCAAGUUACGAAAUCUCGUUUGGGUGGAUGCUGCGUGAUGUGUCCCCUGUUACAAAUCAGUAUCCCAAAAUAACAAAUGGUACACAAUAUGUGAUUAAACGAUUGCUCUUUAUAAUACUUACUUUGACUAUAGGGUUAGUAAAGUAAACAAAAAAAAAAGAAAAAGGGCCCACUCUCACCAUUCGUGCCUUCUCAUCUCU